CACCUGCAGUGGCAAAUCAACCCCUCUCUUAACCCUUUCGUUAACAUUUAACAGUCUGCUCAUCAGCCUUUCCUCUGUGUCUGACGUGGACUUCUUUUUGCUGAGAUAGAUGCUGAGGUGGAGGCACAGCUAGACAAAUACCUCAAAAUCAGCAGAUUACAAAUCUGGUGAUACAGGUAAACCUAGAGGAGGAGGAGAUGGUGGUGUUGGAAAAGAUUUUGAUGGCUGAACGAGUUGGAAGACGAGUUAACUCAGCAGUUGCAGAGUCUAACUUGUUCGAGAUGGAGUGCGUCCACGUUGGGAGUUUAGUGGGUUGCUUGAGGCCGAUGUUUCAUGAUUUGGUCGGCUGCAUCUCCGCUGCUUCUCCGCCCUUAUACGACCGGCCAAUCGUCCGCAUAGUCACUGAAGUCUCCAAAAACCUUGAGCGCGCACUGACCCUGGUUUCUUCCAUGGCAACUGGUAGAAACAACUCGAGCCAACUUGAGCAUCAACAACAUCAGCAUCAUCAGAUACAAGAGCAUAACCAUCAUCAGAUUCCUUAUGCCAUAUUUCCAUCAUCUCCAUCAUCCUCCUCAAUCCCCCCAUCUGGAAACUUCAUAAGCAAAGACAGCGGAGCUUAUGAUUUGGGAGAAUUGGAUCAAGCACUUUUCCUCUAUCUCGAUGGACAAGACCCAUCUUCAGCUUCUUCAAUUCAAGAGCAAACUGUGCCUCCAUCUCAGCAUCCAUCUCAGCAAAAAGAAGGUCACGUCAGACACAAAGGAAGGGCUGAUGAGCAAACUGUUAAAUGUUAACAGAAGGGUUAAGAGAGGGGCUGAUUUGCCACUGCAGGUGAGUUGAGGGGUUGAUUUGUGUGUGAAGUGGGUUGAGGGGGUGAUUUGCCACCAGUUGUUGAGUUUAGGGGGUGAUUUGCAUCUUUUGCCUUUGGCAAAAACUUGCAAGCAACUUUUCUCUCUCCAAAAUUCAAAAUUUUGUUAGUAGUUAGGGGUGGGAAUUUGCUUUGAUACUUGCGGAGUCCCGUGGGGAUCCCUGCUACGGGAAUAGGACGGGGAGAAAUAUAUUUUUUUAAGGGAU